AUGUCCUUAAUUCAGACUGAACAAGAAGUACUUGUCAAUACCAGAGCUGGUGGAGUUUACAUCCCACCUUCUAGAUUAAAGUUACUACAACAAAAAGUUACUGAUAAAGCAAGCUCGGAGUUAAUACUUCAAACAUCAAAAAUAUCGUUUUUUGAAUUGAUAAAUGAAAAUUUGAUUCGUGGUAGAGGUCUUUUUGCAAGAUCAAUUAUGAAAGCACAAGCUGCUUCACCUCCUUUUACGCCAGUUUAUGCUGCAUUAGUUGCUAUAAUAAAUACUAAAUUACCACAAAUUGGUGAAUUAGUGCUUACUAGAUUGAUCGUUCAAUUCCGUAAAGCAUAUAGAAGAAAUGAUAAGACAACAUGUCUUGCCACAACGAUUUUUAUUGCACAUUUAGUUAAUCAUCUUGUAGCUCAUGAGAUUGUUGCGCUACAAAUUCUUGUACUUUUAUUAGAAAGUCCAACAAGUGAUUCUGUUGAAGUCGCAGUAGGAUUUAUUCGAGAAUGUGGUGCCCAUUUAGCCGAAGUAUCUCCAAAGGCAAAUAAUGAUGUUUUUGAUCGUUUUAGAGCAAUUCUACACGAAGCAAAUGUAGAAAAAAGAGUUCAAUAUAUGAUUGAAGUUUUAUUCCAAGUAAGAAAGGAUAAAUAUAAGGACAAUCCUCCAAUAGCUACGGAUUUAGAUUUAGUCAAAGAGGAUGAUCAAAUAACUCAUCAUUUAUCGUUGGAUGAUGAAUUGGAUGUUGAGGAGACUCUUGAAGUUGCAAAAAAACUCGAAAUUCGUGAUCAAACUAAUACAAAUUUGAUCAAUUUGCGUAGAACAAUAUACUUAACUAUCAAGUCAAGUGUUGACUUUGAAGAAUGUUGUCACAAGCUCAUGAAGCUUAAUAUUCAAGAAGGGCAAGAACGUACUUAUGAAAAGUUUUUUGGUCUAAUUGGAGAACGCCUCGCAAAGAUAAAUUUAGUCUGGGCUAAAUCUUUUGAACAAUGUUUUGUCCAAUACUAUGAGACCAUUCAUCGUUAUGAGACAAACAGAUUGCGAAAUAUUUCAAAAUUUUUCGGGCACCUUUUGGCUACCGACGCUUUGUCCUGGCAAGUGUUUAACAUUAUAAAAUUGACUGAAGAUGAAACCACGUCAAGCUCUCGAAUAUUUGUAAAAAUAUUAUUUGAAGAACUGAGUGGCACUCUAGGUUUGCAAAAACUCAAAGAAAGGUUAAAAGAUGGCACAAUGCAUGAAAACUUUGUUGGUCUAUUUCCAAAGGACAAUCCGAGAAAUACUCGUUUCGCAAUUAAUUAUUUCACUAGUAUUGGUUUAGAAUGCGCAGAAAUUGCUUAUAGCGCAGAAACAUGCUCUAGAAAGUGA